AUGAAAACUGCUGGUGUUAUUCUUGCCGCCUCCGCGGCCUUCACAUCCGUUGUCGCUUCGCCCGCCAAAUUUCAAUACAGGGCUAGCAGCAACACCCCCCAGGUCACAACCAAGGGAAACGCGUUCUUCGCGGGCGACAAGCGCUUCUACAUUCGCGGAGUCGACUAUCAACCAGGCGGCUCAUCCAAUGUAGCCGAUCCUAUCGCCGACGCCAACGGUUGCAAGCGUGACGUCGAGAAAUUCAAGGAUCUAGGCAUCAACACAGUCCGUGUUUACACAGUCGAUAACACUGCCGAUCACGAUGAAUGUAUGAGUGCAUUGUCCGAUGCUGGUAUCUACUUAGCCCUAGACGUCAACACCCCAAAGUACUCCCUGCGUCGCGACAAGCCUUCUCCAUCGUACAAUGAGGUAUACCUCCAAAACAUCUUCGCCACGAUUGAUGUCUUCCAGAAGUACGACAACACUCUUUUAUUCUUCUCUGGCAACGAAGUCAUCAAUGACGAUGCUACCACCGACACUGCACCCUACAUCAAGGCCGUCACCCGUGACAUGAAGUCGUACAUCUCCUCCCGCGGGUACCGCAAGAUUCCCGUCGGUUACUCUGCUGCUGAUGUUGAGGAGAACCGUGAGUCCACUGCGGAGUACAUGAACUGUGGAACCGAUGAUGAGCGCAGUGACUUUUUCGCUUUCAACGACUACUCCUGGUGUGAUCCUUCCAGCUUCACCACCUCUGGGUGGGACCAGAAGGUCAAGACAUACUCCAACUAUAGCAUUCCUUUAUUCCUUUCCGAGUACGGAUGCAUCACCAACACUCGUGAAUUUAACGAGAUUGCUUCGCUUUACGGCGAUGAUAUGAAGGCCGUCUACUCUGGUGGUCUUGUGUACGAGUACUCAUACGAAGAGUCCAACAAAGGCUACGGUCUAGUCGAGAUCGACGGUAGUAGCGUCAAAGAAUUGGACGAUUACAAAACUCUCAAGGACAAACUCGCCAAGACUCCUGCACCAUCUGAUGAUGGUGGCUACAAAAGCGAUGGCUCUGCUUCCGAAUGCCCAGCCAAAUCUGACCACUGGAAUGUCGAUAGCGAUGCUCUUCCUGCUCUUCCUGACAAGGCCAAGGCUUACAUGGAGAAGGGUGCCGGCUCCGGUGCCGGUCUCACUGGCAGUGGUUCUCAAGAGUCUGGCCCCGACACUCAUCCUACCGCUGACCCUGGCUCUGGGACUGGUACCGUCGGCGGGGACUCAUCCAACGCAUCUAACUCGGCCGGUGCUGCAUCAUCUCUCCGCAUUCCUGAGAUUACUGCAACUCCCUUUGUAUGCGGAGCUGUUCUCCUUGUAUCCACUCUCUUCGGUGCUUCCUUGAUCUAA